CGAACAAAAUAAGACUACCCUUUUGGCCUUUUAUCUCAUGAGAAUAGAUACUUCACAGUUCACACUAGAUUUAAGGGACCACAGCAUUUAUAUGUGAUAAGAUUUUUCUAUAUCAUUCCUUUUCUCCUCCAAAAUUAAACCAGAACUUUAUUUUGGUUGAAAAAGCUGCAUGUUUAGUUGACAAGUUAUGAUUUUGUAGCCCCUUUUUCUUGAAAAAUUCUUUCUUGAUUAUAUUUGGUUCUGAGAAAAAAAUGGCUGAUUCUGCAGAAAUUUCAAAUAGUAGCAAAAAUUUCGAAGAAAAACCAAGUCUUUGUGAUUUUUGUGGAGAUUUAAGGGCAGUUUUGUAUUGCAGAGCUGAUUCUGCUAGGCUUUGUUUGAUGUGUGAUCAUAAAGUGCACUCAACUAAUCAGCUUUUCACUAAGCACACACGUUCUGUGUUAUGUGAUGCUUGUAAUUCAUCACCUUCUUCGAUUUUUUGUUCUACACAUGGGUCUGUUCUCUGUCAGAACUGUGAUUGGGAAAGUCACAGGGUUUCUCAGUCAACUGUUCAUGAUAGAAGGCCUAUUGAAGGGUUUAUCGGGUGCCCUUCUGUGGCGGAGUUGUUGGCUACUUUUGGUUUUGAUGAAUUGGGGAAGAAGAAGAAGAAUGUUUUGAGAAGUGAUGGGAUUGAGGAUUCUGAGAAUUUUGAGUUUUCGGAUUAUUUGAUUUGGGAAACUCCUUCUGUUGUUAGUCUUGAUGAUUUGAUUUCUUCUGAUGGCUCUGACCAUAAUUUUCAGGCUACAGGAAUCCCUCCUUUGCCUAAGAACCGAAACACUGUUUGUGGACAACGAAAAGAAGAGAUACUCUGCCAGCUGCGUGAAAUGGUAAAGUUAGAACCUGGCUGUGAUCAAGAUAAGCAAGAUGUAGAGCCCUCUUCUGGAUACCAGUCCCUGGUGCCUGAUCGUGCCUGCAGGCAGCUGUAUACAAGCUUUGAAAGCAAGAAAGAGCCGACCUUCUUUCCAUACGAGGAAAAUACUUUUCAGUGGUACAAUGAUGGUCAUGAAGAUGCAGAUGAAAGCCUGCCUAAUACCUCAUACCAGAGCUAUUUUAACACAGACUGCUUAGUUCCUGAUAAAGAUCCGGAGGUUGAUCCUAGUUUACAUUGUGAAGAAAACAAGCAUGUAACGCCAUCACAGAACCCUGUUGUUGCUGAGGCCUCGCAAAUCUUCCCUAAAGUUGCUCCACAUGAAUUUUCAAGCCAGCAUAGAGACUCUGCAAUCACACGAUACAAGGAGAAGAGGAAAUCUAGGAGGUACGAGAAGCACAUUAGGUAUGAAUCAAGAAAGGUUCGUGCAGAAAGUAGAGCUAGAAUCAAGGGCCGGUUUGCCAAGGUAGAUCGCUAAAAUCCUGUGCAUAAGUGAUAUGGACAGUUAUUCGUCUGAUAUUUACCAGUUCUUGCUAGGGGUUUGGGACUAGGUUUGCAGCAAACAGUUCAGAUCAUAUUCCUCAGACAAUCCUGAGAUAGUACUCUUCUUAUGCUUUGGUUUGGAAAAGCUUCUUAAAAUAUAAGUAGUGUAUGUGUAAUUACUUUUGCAUUAUAGUUAAAUAUGAAAAUUAAAAAUAUUUGGUUGGGGAUGCAGUAUAUGAGAUUGAGUUUUGAUGUGCAA